GCGCCAUUGCUAACCCGCACUGCUCUCUCCCUCUGCCCUCGCCUCUCCUCUCUCAAAUCCAACCGAGAUACAGGCAAGAAAAGAAGAAGAGGAGAGAAGCUGCGUUGGUCGCCGAGGUGAUUCCUCUCGCGCGCAUUUGCCACCGGAGAGAUCCCGCCUCGCUUGUCCACGCCCCGGCACUUCCCCCGGUCUCCGGCGGCGGGCAUCGUCUGGGCUCCUUCCCGCUCGUGCUCUCGUCGCGUCAGCGGCGGCGGCGGCUCUGGGUCUUCCGGGGGCGUUUUCUCCCCACGGCGGGCGGGUGCCACCGCCACACAACUCCGGGAUCUCGAGGAUUCCAAAUCUUUUCGGGGGUAUUGAAUUUCUGCAUGAACUGUUAAGUCUGCUUCCCAGCAUUGAAGAGAAGAAGGCCAACAGUAGAAGAAGACCUAAAUAUUACUCUAAGUAAAUUACCAUCAAGUGACCAAUUUGAUUUCGGUCCAUUACUUUCUACUAUGUUGAUAAAAGAUUCAAGGAUCAUUGUGAGGCACAUCGAUGUCACGAGUUCGUCCCUGCCAUCGGCAUGGGCUCCGUCAUGAUGAUUUUGAUCUGUGGAUACUCUCUGGGGUAUGGUAUGGAGCCACGCUGAUCAUAGAGAAGGGAUACACUGGUGCCCAGCUCAUCAAUGCCAUCUUUGCGGUGCUUACCCACUCGCUAUAAGAAAGAGAAGGUAUGUUUCACAACCAUCAAAGGUUGAUGCUGGGUGGCAUCGUCCUGGCCAUCGUCAUGACAUGUAUUUAACCGUCAUGACAUCAUCCUGGAAGGCCGCCGUCUCCGGCGCGCUCGCGCUCACCCUGUCCUUCUCCUACUUUGUCGGUAUGGCCAAUGCCAAGGCCGGGGUCAACAAACCCGAGUUGCUCCCCAAGGAGUUCACCACCGUCAUCGACGUCGCCGGUUUUCUCUCCUCAGGCCAAGAAAAUCGUAUACGUCAAGAGAUAGAAGACCUAGAGAAGGACACUGGGUAUAAGCUAAGAGUUCUCGCACAAAAUUACCCGGAUAAACCAGAAACCUCGUGUAAUAUGGAGCAGGAUUAUUCUCUCCUUAUGUGACAAUCAUUUACUCUCAAAACCAACGUAGAGCUUGUUGUUGCGAUUAUCAUUGACCAACAUGACAUGUAUAGACUAUUAUCAUAUAAUGUCUUAUUAAGCUAUUAGCAUAUAAUGUCAUGUCAAAUCUGUGAUGUCAAAAACAUGUGUUAUAGUAAAUUUAUAUAGAAAAUUUACAUGUUUUGUAUUUGUGUACAAAGCAUUUGUCAAAAGCCUGUGUGGUCAAUUCACCACACUCCUCUCAACGUGGCUUCGCCAGUGCAUCCGAUGUGAUAGUCCUAAUUUUACUUUUUAGACUAGACCCUGUUUGAAAUGUAGGAACUUCAUUGAAUCAUUCUUGUGAAAUCUGUAGAGUAUUUCUUAUGUUUUUGCUCCAGGCAUAUUUUUGCAAAAGUUGUUUUGGUGUUCUUAUGUCCUAUCUUGAAUUUUUAGUUUUGUAAGUAGAGAUCAUUUGAGCCAUUUGAAGAUCAAAUUUAUAAUUAGAGACCAUUCUUGAAGAUCUUCAUG